CUGUCACCCCUUUUACUCCUUUCGUUACUUGAUACCCCUUGAGAAAAGAUGUUUGAUUUUUACGGCGCAGUUGUUUCUCAAAAGAAAUUUUACGAGUAUACCGAUGCAUCAUCUGAAGAAGUUGAAACGAUUUUACACAUAACACAUGCGACAUUUGGCCCUAAUGCCACUGAUAAAAAACCACAUACGUUAAGCUGUACAGUGCCUGUUGAGGAUAGCCAUAAGACUUUUACCAUAGCAACAUUAACCGUUGAUUCUUGCCCUAAUAUUUCUCUGGACCUUCGCUAUUCAGACGAUGUUAAAUUUGAAGUUGAAGGUGGAAACAAUGAAAUUCAUUUAAUCGGCUAUCUUGAGACUUUGGAAAUUCGGGACAACAUCGAAGAUGGCCUUAUGGAUUAUGAAGAAAGUGAUAGCGAAGACGAAGUUGUAAAGCGUAAUACUCUCGCUAAUGAAGGAAAGAGUGCUAAUCCUAAGCGAGUGAAGUCUUCUGAUGGCUUUUUAGCUAAUGGCAGUAAGAAAAAUGAAUUUGCACUCAUACUAAAGAAACGUUUUUUUGAAGAGGCCGGCAACUUGGACGACGAUGAUGAUGAGAGCUACCAUGAAGAUAGUAAAAUCGAAGAGUUGAGUGAUGAAGACGAAGAUGAGGAUGAAGACGACGAUGAGGACGAUGAGGAAGAUGAGGAGGAUGAGGAGAAUGAAGAAGAAGAUGAGGAGGGUAAGGACGAGGACGAGGACGAGGAAGAGGACACUGAUGACGAAAAGGAGGUGGAAGUUAAAAGGGAAAACAAAAAGCUAAAAAAGGAUAGCAAACAACCUUUAAAAGGAAGCAAAAAGGAUAACAGCGUUAAAAUCGAAAUCAAAGACAAAAAGACUGACAAUGAAACUAUUGCUUGUCCGGUUUGCUCGAAAAAGUUUAAGAAAGAAUUUUCUUUAGAACAACAUAAGAAACAGGUUCAUGCAAAGUAAGUAAUCUUCCACUUUCCUUAUUAAAGUCUUAAAACUUUUA